GAUGCAGCUAUGAACUAUGACAUAUCAAAGAGCGACGCAUAUUGUACAUACAUACCACAUUAUACGAUUGAUUAUUCUGAAGCGAGAUAAUAACUCAUCUUUAAUCAAGUAUUAAAAGGAUCUUGAUGAUUAAAAUUCGUUAAAAUAUUCUCAAGAAGCAAUCUCAAGAGGAAAUUAAACUUUAACGCAUAUCUUUGACGUCUCAUACGCCAUGGCAUUGACAGGACCCGAUUUGCCAAAAAUUCCGACUCCUUUGAAAAGUAUACAGCAAUAUUUAACGAUCGCAACGAAGCACGAUCAACGAGACUGUGUCGUCAGCUAUUGGUGCCGCCUUUAUGCUCUUCAAACUGGAUUAAAGCUAUCUACAAAGACAUCAGAGGAGACCAACUUUUUACUAAAGUUAAUGGACUGGUUAGAGAUAACAAAAAAGGAAUUACAUGACAAUGAAGCCAUUUCUAAUGAUGUUGCUGCUCAAGCGCACUUGGAAAAUUGGGCCUUAAAGCUCUUUUUGUAUGCCGAUAAGAACGAUAGAGCUGCAAAUUUUUCUAACAAUGUAGUGCAAAGCUUUUAUACUGCUCAGGCAUUGUACAAUGUAUUGACAUUGUUUGGAGAACUGAGCGUAGAAGCAGCGCAGAAUCGAAAGUAUGCGCAGUGGAAAGCAUCUUAUAUCCACAACUGUUUAAUGAAUGGGGAAACUCCGGUACCAGGGCCGAAAGAACAGAAUGAAGACAAUGAUUUUGAGGAGGCAUUGAAUAAUGAUGCUCCUGCUGAAAGUCCCAAAGACAAUAUUCCGCAAAGUAUUCCGUCUAUUCCUGCAAGUCCACCAACUACAAGAACUGAAUCACUUGAAGCAGAGGACAACACUGCAUAUAAGACAGAUAGUGGAGUUAAACUAUCAGUAGAACAAGUUAGUAAGGCCCAAAAGUUUAUAAAAUGGGCGAGUAGUGCAUUAGAUUAUGACGAUAUAUCUACUUCUGUAACAAAUCUUCGGAAGGCUAUACAUCUUUUAACGACCGGGCAGGAGCCUGCAUAAACGAAGGAAGCGCAUAGAUAAUGCAUUUGGUAACAGCUUACUUGCAAUUAACUGCGUUAAACUUGUCGCCUGUUUCCUGUAAUGGUCAGUAAAAAAAAUAUCUUAUUAACAUUUUACCAUUUUUAUACAUGUGCAACUUUUAAAUACAGAUAAUAGAAAGCGAAAAUAGAGACAAGAUUACAAUAACUAGUCAAAUUGGCCUUGAAUAUGUUGCACUUAUAUAAUUAAAAUAAAAAUUGUUACAGGUGUAAGUUUCUAGAUUUUAGCUAUUGUUCGAAAUAAGAUAGAAUUGUAAUAUCAUCAUAUUUAUUAGAGCUAAAUUGUCCUGAGAACUUUAAUCUGUUCUCUAAUAAAAACUCUACAACAUCA